UUCAGACGGCGAACCAUAGAGAGAAAGUGUGAAAUCCUUGGCAAGUCAAAAUCUCGACCCAAAUUCCAGGUAGCAGACGAAAAUGGCGGCCACUGCCACAGCUUCUUCAACAUUUCUCCAUCUUCUUCACGAUGAUACCUCAUCGUUAUUAUCUUCAAGGGGAACACGUCUUCGCUCUUCAUCACUUGCCCUUCUCCCUCCACGUAGAACUUCCUCUACAUCUCUCCUGAUCCAGUUUUCCCCAAAAUGUUUGGCAAACCCGCUAUUUGUAACGGCAGCCGCGGCAGAGAAGAAGAAAUCACCCUUUCAAACAGAAGCUGUUCGUCAAUUGACCGGUUUUCUGACCAAGGCUGAGGGUUUUCGCUUUGCUAUCGUAGUUGCAAGGUUUAAUGAAAUUGUCACAAGGCCUUUGAUGGAUGGUGCUUUGGACACAUUCAAGAAGUAUUCAGUGAAGGAAGAAGAUAUUGAUGUUGUGUGGGUUCCUGGUAGUUUUGAGAUUGGUUUAGUUGCUGAAAAGCUUGGAAAAUCAGGAAAAUAUCAUGCAAUAUUGUGUAUAGGAGCUGUGGUUAGAGGUGAUACUACCCACUAUGAUGCUGUUGCUAAUUCAGCUGCAUCUGGAGUCCUUUCUGCUGGACUUAAUUCAGGUGUUCCUUGCAUAUUUGGAGUCUUGACAUGUGAAGACAUGGAUCAGGCCUUGAAUCGUGCUGGUGGUAAAGCAGGGAAUAAGGGAUCUGAGGCAGCUUUGACUGCUAUUGAGAUGGCAUCUCUUUUUGAGCAUCAUCUCAAGGAUUAAUGGUGUUUCUUCUGUUGAGGUUACAUUGCUAGGAGCAUCAUGAGAAUGCAAAGGCUAUUAUAUAGGCAAUCAUUGAAGCGGAAAUAUUGUCUUAAGGAGAUCAUGUUGUUUGAAUAACUAGAAGAGUCUGAAU